AGAGAGAGAGAGAGAGAGAGAGUGAGACGGGGGAAGGGAAUCUUCAAUUUUGGUGUUCAACUCCGUAAGUGUCUCUGAUUCGUGUGUGUGUGUGUGUGUGUGUGUGUGUGUGUGUGUGUGUGUUUGUGUGUUUGUGUUUGUUUAAGUGUGUCCAUUUUGGUGCGUACAGUUUAGGUGUAAUCCUAGACUUUUUCUCCAGUACUCUCUCUCUCUCUCUCUCUCUCUCUCUCUCUCUCUCUCUCUCUCUCUCUUCCAUCAUACUCAUCAUGAGAAAUCGUGUACUACUUUCGCUGGUAACUCUCCUCUCUCUUUCUCUCUCUACCGUAUCGACGAACUGGGAACGGCCACUUUCAUUGAGAGACGCCUGGCAAGCUUCGUCUCUGUCUAUACCCUGUACCACCGCGCCCUCUAAAAUUCAUGUCCCCAACUGGAUGAAGGAAAAAGAGGAGGUGCUGGUGGGCGAUGAAGAAGAAGAAGAGGGCGAGGAGUUUGAAGAAGAGGAAUUGAGCGAGACAUGGAAAGAAUUCGUUUCAUGGAAGACUUUCAAAGAAGAUUUUCAGCGUCAAGGAAAAGUAGGAAAAGCAAAGGGGAGAAACGAGAAGAAGGAAGAGAAGGAAAGAGAGGAUAGAAAGGAAGGGGAAGAGGAGGUGGUGACGAUAAAAAAUAAAGUAAAGAGUAGCGGAAAGGAAAAUGAUGACAUUAGAGGAAGGCACGACAAGAUCACAGUAAAGAAAAAGAAGGCAUUUGAAGAAGUGAAAGAAAAAGGAAAAGAUGAAGGAGGUAACGUCGAGCUAAUUUUCCAGCAUUAUGAAGACUAUUUGCAGGAUUUUGCUGCAGAGGAGGAGGAAGAGCAGGAGGAGGAGGAGGAGGAAGGAAGUUGAUAAGGAGGUGGAGAUGGAGGGAGAAGAGAACAUCAGCUCCAACUCUUCCCACUCCCUUGCACACUUCUUCCCCAAGUUCCUUCCGCCGAUUCUGAGUGAACAAGAUUUAAAAGAAAUCAGAUCACCUCUCUGCAGAAGCAAGGAACGAUACCUUCCACCUGAUUUAUUCCAUCUGGACACCUGCGCUCUCUGCUAUCACCACUUAGUCAACAAAGACGUCUUCGCGAGCAAGUGGAGGAUACAAAAGGUUGCGAGAAAAGCGCCUCUAGGAAGAAAGGAUAAUGGAACUAUGGGAGAGGGAGGAGGAGGAGGGGGAGGAGAACCACUGGAGAGGAAACAAACACGGCUGGAGGAGGCUUUUACCUUUCUCCUCCAUGUUUUGGUCGAUCCUGAUAAUGAAAAUGUGACUUUAGAGGCGCAGAUGUCCUCGAGUGCCUUGCUGGAGUCAUUCAAGGGCGAGGAGGGACGAGACAAGUGGAAGAAAUGUUGUAAGGAAGCUGUAUCGUGUUGUACGUGGAUGCUGUCCGCGUCAUGGCCUGCAGGGUUCUGCCCAAACACCUGGGAUACGUGGCAGUGCUGGCCCGCCUCCUCCCCUGGCACUGUAGCUCAGCGCCCCUGCCCUUCUUAUGUUUACUUCGAUAAGAAGCCUGCGUGUACUAAAAAGGCCACCAAAAGCUGCGAGAUGGACGGGAAGUGGAUGCGUCGUUUGCUGUCUGGUGGAGUGGUGGGGCCAGAGUGGAGUAAUUACAGUACUUGUAGUGUACAUGAAAACAUACACAGACGUCUACAUGUGCACAUAGCGGCGUACACUGUGUCUGUCUUCGCGCUGCUGCCCGCCCUAUGUAUAUUUUUCUGUUACAAGCAGCUGCGCGUUCCCCGGAUCACCUUACAUAAACAUCUGUUCCUAAGUCUACUGCUCAAUGCCGCAGGAGUCAUAGCACAGAGGCUAUUGCAGCUGCACUAUAGCCAGUGGAUAGAGAAGAGUCCCCUGUGGUGCGUGGCCCUCACUUUGAUCAACAGGUAUACGAGUCUCACUUGCUACAUGUGGUAUUUCUGCGAGGGCCUCUACCUUCACACCCUGCUUGUGUCUGCCUUCACGGAGCAGCGCAGCCUCCUCAUGUUCUACCUCAUCGGCUGGGGCCUCCCAGCGGUGGUGAUGGUGGUGUACGGGGGUUUGCGUUCCCUUCUACAGCUGGGGGACGAAAGGUGCUGGAUGUUACCUGCAGAUGGGGGGUUAAAUUGGCUAAUUAACCUGCCUCCCCUACUGGCUAUUUUGGCCAAUAUUGUAUUCUUGUUCAACAUCAUACGCAUUCUGGUGAGCAAAGUGAGAGCGGGGAGAGGAAGCGAGCCCAGCCAGUAUAGGAAGGCGGUGCGCGCUACCCUGAUGGUGGUGCCUUUGUUUGGCCUGCAGUACGUGGUGACCCUGUACAGAAUCCAGGAAAUGGGUUGUGACUGGCCCCAUGUCUACCAGCUUGCCAAUAACAUCAUAGAGGGAUCGACAGGGUGGUUAGUGGCAGUCAUCUUCUGCUAUACCAACGGGGAGGUACGCGCCUUGAUGGGUCGGUCAUGGGAGCGUUACAGGGAGCGCCGCGCCUCCCUUGCUUCAUCCAGACAAACGCCUCGUAGCCGUAGUUUUUCGACGGCACAAACCUCCCUUCUGGAGCCUCCGCCUAACUCACGCCAGCCAUUGGGCGCGCCAGGGUCUGGUGUACGAGCUGUCUUCACUAGAAGAGCAUCAAGAGGAGAGCGGGUGUCGAUAUCUCUGAAUGCUCCCCCACCAGGCAGGCCACCCACCCCUCCACCUCUCACUGAAGCUUCCUCCAAUGCUGAGAGGGAUGAGGGGGCGGUGCUUCCCCUUCUCCCUCCUGCUUUCUGAAUUAUUGUGGGUGAUAGGACACUGGAUGAUGUUCUGUAUAUAUGAAAUCUUCCGUGUGCAUGUGUGCAUGUGUGUGUGUGUGUGUGCAUGGAACUGUAUCUGUAGUCAAGUGUCGGAUAAUCUACGACACCACUGAGCUUCAUUGUGUCUCUCAAUCUGAAGUCUUCGGGUCUGCUGACAGUCUUACUAGAAAUAAAUGAAAUGUAUGAAGAAAUAAAGGAAAUAUGUAUAUAUUUAACUGGACAAACGAUACAUUCCUAACAGGUCAGAGGACACGCGACUGAAGAAAAUGCUCAACGCAAUGGAAGUGAGUGCUGUCUGUUACUUGACUGUUGACCGUGCCUGUAAAUGUAUUGAUGUCCAUGGUAUUCUUGUUUACACAUUGUACGCAUAUCUACAUGUGAAUCUUUCUUGGAUGUGUAAGUAAAUGUAAUGUAUACCAAAGGAAAGAAAAUAAAUAAGUGAAAAUUAUGAAUAA